UUAAACCCUAGUAUACUUCCAAUCAAAAACCCUAAUCUCUGCUUCUCCCCCUCUUCUUCUCGUGGUCCAAUGGCAGAGCAAUCUUCACAAUCUCCGCAAAACCCUAAACAGAAAAAACAGACAGUCUGCGAAGAAUGUAAAGAGAAUCCAUCAAAAUACAAAUGCCCAGGCUGCUCUCUCCAUUCAUGCAGCCUCCCCUGUGUCAAAGCUCACAAGCACCGCACUGGCUGCUCCGGUAAACGGAACCAGACUCAAUUUGUUCCCUUAUCUCAGUUCAAUGAUCGUAUCAUCUUAUCAGAUUAUAAUCUACUUGAGGAGACAAAGAGAGUUGCUGAAUCUGCGCAGAGGAUGAGGGAAAAACUACGGGCGUAUGCUCAGUUUAGGUUACCGGCUCAUCUUAAGAGUCUGAGAAGUGCUGCUGCUAGUCGGAGAACGAAACUUCUUUUUCUUCCGAGUGGAAUGACGAAGAGAGAAAAGAACCAAUCCGGCUACAACCAAAGGAACAAAUUUAUAUCUUGGACAAUUGAGUGGCGAUUUCACAAUACGGAGCUUGUUCUACUUGACCAUAGAAUACAUGAAGACAGAAAUCUAUGUUCCAUAAUUGAGCAGCAUCUUAUUCCUGGACCAUGGAACCAUCAGUUGAAGCAGUUUAGUGAGGAACAUCUGGACUCGCUCAAGUUUUUUAUACGUAAAUAUCCCAAGGGACCGAAGUCACCUUUCUGCGAGCUGGACAUUAAGGCCCCGCUGAGACAACAGUUAGCCAAUAUAGUUAUUUUAGAAUACCCUGUUAUUUAUGUAUUUCUCCCCUCGCACAGUUAUGAUUUUGAAAUUGUCAAAAGCAUGCAAUCUGUUACUCAUAAACCGGAUACUCAAAAUUCUUUUCAUGGUGAUCACCCAAACCCAACAGGUACUCCUUUCAAGGAGGAGAAGAUAGAAGAAAAUAAUGGCUCUUCAGAUACUCAGGUUUAUGAUUGCAUGAAGAAUGUAAUAUUGAGUCCACCGCGUGAAGUUCCUUGUGAGAAUGUGUCUGAGAAAUCAUUAAAUGGUCAAUCUGAUAGCUCUUUGUUAAUGAGCUUGCCAGCGGGCAGCAUAUCCCAUGACAACUCCAAGUGUAUAGAAUCAUUAAUGUUUGACGACGUGGACUUUGAUUUUGAUCAAGACUUGAUAGAUGCAUAUUCAGAUCUAAUCGGACAUGUCAGUCCUGAUGACUUUUUUAAUUUGGAAGGUGAAUUUCCCAAGGAAGAGAAAGAAAAUGAAAGGAAAGAUCUGUCAAGUUGCGGGGCAGUUCCUUUGGUUCAAGAGGAAUUAGAAGAAGGGGAAAUUGCGGAAUAAUUGAUCUGCAGAUUUUGGAUUGGACUUGAUGUGUAGGGUAUGGAUCAACCCUUGGUAAUACAUUUGCCAUUCUAUAUUGAGUAUCUCACUUGUUCUAUACUACUAGUAGUUGCAACUUGCAAAGCAACAUCUGCUGAUAUUUUUGGGGCAAUGACAGAUAGAUUGUGUUUUCAGCUGCUCUGAUACUACUAGUGGUAAUGAGGCUGCUUCUGAUGACAUUAUGGCAAUGAUGAUGGAUGUCAAGUGUUUUACUACACAUGACAUGAUUGUGGAGCUUCAGGGUAUAAGGCACUUGAAUGUUCUUUUCGAUGUCAAUCUUCCAAUGUAAUUGAACUGUCGAAGAUUUAAGAUUUUGUUGAAAGGAUUAAAGAAAUUAUAGC